AGAGGAGGGGCUGCGCUAGUUUAGUAGCAUGAUUUGGUUUGUAGGAUUACCGAGCUCUUGUGACAAGAGUUGAACUGUCUGUUAUGUUGCAGUUACAAAAAUAAGUUGUAAUAGAAGAUCAUAAAUAGGUUGGAUCUCAAGCUCAGAGGUAGAGAAAAGGUGUCGAAUUAAAAAACAUCGUUAUUUUUAUAUGUAAAAGCUGAAUAUUUAUUUUAACUCACUUCUGGAGAAUACAUUCCAACAGCCACCGGUUGAAAAGAGGCAGAGUUGCUGUAUGUAUUGGGUUUGUGAUAAGUAAUUCGGCAGCUUACGACAGCUGCAGCAGGGGAAUGUCUAUGGCAGACGUCUGAAGGUCCAAUUCACAGCUGACAUUAAAAAGCAAAACAGCAUCGGGAAAAAGGUAUUUUUGGAGAACGUAUUCACACUAGGAUCUCUCAGAAGACAUGGUGGAUUACUAUGAUAUUUUGGAAGUCUCCCGCAAUGCCUCACAGGACGACAUUAAGAAAGCGUACAGGAAGCAAGCUUUAAGAUGGCACCCAGACAAGAAUCCUGAUAACAAGGAGCAUGCAGAAAAGAAGUUUAAAGAGAUAGCAGAAGCAUAUGAAGUCCUUUCAGACAAGAACAAACGAGAUGUCUAUGACCGUUAUGGAAAGGAUGGACUGUCAGGUUGUAAUGGUGCAGCAGGUCCCAAUGCAGAAUUCCCAGGCUUCGUGUUCACAUUCCGCAGUCCAGAUGAAGUCUUCAGAGAGUUCUUUGGGGGAAGAGACCCUUUUGCAGAUUUAUUUGAUGACUUGGACUUCUUCCCAGGUUUGCACCGAGGAGGGAGUGGACAUUGGAGAACAGGAGGAGGAGGGGGAGGCUUAUUUCCCUCCUUUUCAUUCCCAGCAGAUGCCGAUAUUACUUCAUUUACAUCUGCAUUUGGUUCUGGUGGAAGUAGUGGUGGUAUGGGAAGUUUCCGAUCAGUUUCAACAUCUACUAAAUAUAUUAAUGGAAAGAGGAUCACAACAAAAAGGAUUGUUGAAAAUGGACAAGAGCGGAUUGAAGUGGAGGAAGAUGGUCAGCUGAAGUCCAUCCAAAUUAAUGGUGUUGAAGAUCAGAUGGCUCUUGCUCUGGAGCUCAGCAAAAGAGAGCAGCAAGCAAUCCAAAACCAGCCAACUUUCUAUACACCUACCUCAGCCCCACCAAACAUGCAGCGUUCACACAGUGCUGCCCCCAGCUACUUCUUCCAUGCCGGUAAUGAAGAGGAAGAAGAUGAGGACGAUGAAGAUCUUCAACUCGCUAUGGCAUAUAGCCUUUCAGAAAUGGAGGCAGGAGGACAACCAAGAGCAGAUUUAGACCCAGAUUUCCAGGCCUAUACAGGCUGAUUGAGAACAGUGCUGUUAACAAAGGUGUGGUCUGAUUGCUAAGGAAGGAUGUACACUGUUACCACUGAGGAGUGAAACUGCUAAAAGAAGGCUGGUCUGCAAACUUUUUCUUUUUUUUUCCUCCAGCUGCACUUUGCUACAACAGUUUUUUUAAAAAGAAGACAUUAUUUAUAUGAAUCCAAUGCAUAACUGGAAAUAUUUUAUUUUCGUUUAAAUUCUUCUAUAGUGUUUUAAUGAUAAAAAAUAUGCUAAGUUCUGAUGGAUGUUUGAGGAUUAGAAGGUGCAUACUAGUAGUUCGACAAGCUGGUCUUUGUGGCAGUGACUUCCAACUGAGACUUACCCCUUAAUUGUUGCGAGACAUGACAGUUUCAGUAUUCUGAUUCUUAAGGUGUGUUUUAUCAGCCUCAGGAUAAGGUUGUAAAAAAUUUAAAAUGUUUCUGUGUGCAAAUACAGUGUUAGAUUUGAGAAAUGAAUAUAGCCUUUCACCAUUUUUAAACAAACUUUUUGCUGAAAUUGAAUAUACAAGUUCAACAACAUUGCUUUCAACUUAAACUGGCUGUAGAUGAGCUUUAUUCGUUCAGCAAACUUGCUCAAGUUGUACAUACUUUACUUGCAUAUUGCAUGACCAUAGACAAGUCAUUUGACAACUGGUGCUCUAUUGUUUCUGAAAUAAAUGCUGUCAUUCCUACCAGCAGAAAAAAAAUAAUUCUGUAAUGUCAAUUGUAUGCAACUUUGAUGAGAAAGUUUAGAGAAAACUUGGAUUAUAAAACCAUACAUUAUGUUGAGAACAUUGUAUAGCUGCAUUGACAUCUUAAUAAAUCAUGCAAGAAGUGUGUUUUCAACAAAAGGCUGCCUUUGUAUUUGUAAGCCUGAAGGUAAGUGAUUCAUUUUUGCAUGGGCCUUUUUCUGGGAUAGGUGUUGUAUAAAACUAUGAUUGUAGUACACCACUUCUCAGUAAUUUAAAUGUUCGUAGUGUUAUGUAAUGAAGUACAUCUUUGGCUCUCUUUCCUUUCAGUGGGAAGAUGUUGGGUUGUUUCUUGCCUGGCUGCAGCCCCAGUAAGGCUGAGAGCUCAAGCUCAAGAGAGGGUAAGGAUGAAGUGGAGACAGCCUGUAGCACAUGUUAGAAAAUCUACAUGAGCAUAACUAAUGUUGCACACGGAGUGUGGAUGUUAAGGGUAUGCCAUGGGGAGCAUUUCCCCUGCUGCCAGGAUGGUUGCAGAUUUGUAUUCUUUUCUGCUUUGCAAUGGAGAUUGAAAAGGGACACUAGAACACAGAUGAAGGUAAAUAUUAAGUUAGCACCAAAAAUAAACGUGAAGAAUAAAAUGUAAGGCCUUGACAUAUGAUAGUUGACGUGCAGUUUAUUUGCUCACUGAUCUUAUUUUGAGGGCACAGGUCAAAUUUUGGUCAUGAAAUGGCUAAAUCCAGAAUGUUCUAGAAAUACUAGCAUGGAUCAAACAUCACAUAACAGCUCUUUCAUUCAUUUCAUUUUCACUGCACAGAUCAUAAUUUGUUUCGUAUUCUUCUCAUUAAAAACCUGAAGAAGUGAAAGUUGAGGAACACAGUCUAUUCAUAGUGGUAAUGUCCUGUCUAAAUUAAUUUAUUUCCUGUCAGAAGCAUUUAGCUGUUCAGACUCACAUCUCACCUGUGUGUUGAUUUGCAUGUACAUUAUGUUCUGUCUUUUGUUGCUGCUUGUUAAAAUAAACUAACUUGAAAGCUGAUUGAUUUUGAGACUACUUUUGUACUACCAUCUCAGAACCAGGCAGUAAUCCAGGUCAUUCCAUAAGCCUGAUGUAGCAUAUGAUUUAACUUCCAGAAAAAUAUGAAGAGCAGAAAGUUUGGGGAAUUACUGCCUGAUAAGUAAAAACUGGAAUACUAAAUCGAGGUUUCUUAUUUAACAAAGUUUCAAAACGGUACGAUAAAGAAGUACUCAUUACAUGAAGGCGGAUGUUUACUGAGGAAGUGAUCGAGACAUUUAAUGAUACAAGUACUGCUGCUGAACUUCUGUUAGAUUCUCAGGUCAGUGUAUUUGUUUAGGAACACUGUACCUCAGAAUGCACCUGUACCCAUGGAAAAUAUGUAGCGAUUGAUUUCCUUUAGUGUAUUUCCAUGUCAUUGUGUGAUCAUUUUCCAGUUACUUUGCUUCACAAACAGUAACUAAUCUUUUGUGGGUAUUUUUAUGCACUGAAGUUGUAUUUCAAAGAUACUAAUCAGGAAUUAAAACACAGUCUUCAAAUUAUGUGCUAGAACACAAAUAGUUAUUGUCGAUUUUCUGCAUCAUCAGCAGAGUGUUGUGUAAACUCAUCUUUCAGUUAGCCAAACAUUUCUACAGAGUGUAAAAAAGUAGAAAGCGAACUAAUCACAUUGUUUUAGCAUGCAGUUAGUAGAAUCCAUAUGUAAACUAAUAAACAGUCUUCCUGUCAGGUUGUGGUGGUCUUUUUUUCCACAGCAGGCUAUGUGUGCAAAAGAAGUUUGAGAUACAAAUAUUUAAAGCCCUUGUUUAUUUUUUCUUCACUCUGCACUGAGCUAGAUUACUAGUGACCUAUGAUAUACUGUGAUGUCUGUGAUGUUCUGAUCCACAAUAUGCUCUUGUUUUGCACUGUGAUCUGGGCUGUGUGUUUGUGACUGAAUUGGAGACUUCUGAAGUAAGGCUUUAUGAACAUUGGUUGUAGGUCUCUUAAUAUUGCUGUAGUUUAUGAAGGGGUACUCUGAGAGAUCCAUCCUUAACUUGCAAGGAGAUAUACAGCUGACAGAGUUUUGUAUCUCAGCAUGGCUAUGAGUAUGACUUAUGGGGAUGUAGAGCUGAUAAUGACUGUUGUUCACCCAACUGGCCAACCUGUGCGGAAAAAUAAACUAAUAAAACACACACUGGCAGAUCUC